UAACAUCCACCCUCGGGGACGCGCACUGGACACUGGCUUUCACUGAUGCAUAUUAUUUUGUUGGACAAUGUUCUGCGUAAUUUGUGCGUUUGGUAGACUGUUUAUCUGAUUUCCAGUUGACUUAUGAUUUGAGGUGCAUGUCAAUACAGAAGAUUGUUGUGCGGUUCUGGGUUUCGGAACGGCUUGUUCAGAGGGACUCUGCCCGAAGCGCGAUUCUGACGAUUUAUUUUAUUGACGAUUUUCUGAGAGAAGGCUUUGAUUGUAAUAUACAACUGUGCACACUUGGAUGUGAGAAACUAUUAUGUAUAGUUGUCUACCAUAUGCAUUGUAAGGGAAGGGAAGAUAGUCUACUGCAACUGAUUUUCGACAGAGGAGGAGGAGGUGGGGUGGAUUGUUAGAUAAGAGGGAUUUUUAAGAGGGGUUUUGUAAGGGGCUCAGCCAGGACAUGUGAGAAGAACAAAACUAUGCCCCUCACUGACGGACGAGAGCGGACAACGGACACACGCACCUGUCUGUCCACUGUCACACCGUGGCACAUGGUGGUGUGUUUUUGUCUGGUUUUCUCUCUAGGAGACAUAUAAUUUACAGCCUUUUGCUGGCUUUAGUGAUUCGGUUUAUUUUUGUCCAACCUAUAGCCUAGGAUACAAUAGGAGAUACUUGGACCCAAAUAUAUUCCAUUUUUAAAUUUGUAUCUAUUCAGAUCACUUUAGUCUCAGAUAAAAUCUAUUUUGCAAACGAGACUUGGUCGAAUAGCAGCAAUAGGCCUAAUGUCUCAUUGAGAUUUAAAUAAUCCCUUCUUCAAAGGAGCAUUGAAUUGAUUGAAAAUGAAUUUCGACCAGAUUCUAACAGCUGUAGGAGGGUUUGGAAAGUACCAGAAGAUUUUGUAUGUGUGGAUCUGUCUGCCUCAGAUACUACUGGGUUUUCAUAUGAUGGCCAGCAUCUUUACCGGGGCUACACCAGGACAUCGCUGCCGGGACAGCCCGAGCUCAGGCCCCGGUAAUUACGUUCAUAAUGGUAGCCUGGCUUUGACUUCAGCCGUUACUGUUACUGCAAAGCUGAACCUCAGCAUCCCGGUGGAUCCACAGGUGGACGACUCCUGCGUCCUCGUGGACAUUCUAACAGAGAACGGGACUGCGCGCGCGCCUUGCGAGAACGGAUGGGUGUACAGCCAGGAGAUUUAUCAAAGCACUACCAUCACUGAGUGGGACUUGGUGUGUGACAAGGCAUGGCUCAACAGUCUGGGGUCUUCUGUCUACAUGUUGGGUCUGCUGGUGGGAGCAGUCAUCUUUGGAGCUAUGGCAGACAGGAUUGGUAGGAGGAAUGCCCUGCUCCUCUCCCUAGCACUACAGACAGUGUUUGGAGUGGCUGGGGCUUUCGCUCCAAACUUCCCUGUGUAUGUCCUGCUGCGAUUUAUUCUGGGGACUACUAUCUCUGGAGUCAUCAUCAACGCCUUUGUACUGGGUACAGAGUGGACGUGUGUCCAGCGUCGUAUGUUAGCUGGUGUCUUCACUGACUACUUCUUUGGCCUGGGCUACAUGCUAAUAGCUGGACUAGCCUACCUCAUACGAGACUGGAGAAAACUACAGCUGGCUAUAUCCGUUCCUGGCUUUCUGUUCAUCUUCUAUAUAUGGGUGCUUCCUCAGUCAGCUAGGUGGUUGCUAGCCAAUGACAGGAGAGAGGAGGCCAUUGUUCUACUACGCAAAGCUGCUACAGUCAACGGACGUGUAUUACCACCUACUAUACAGGUGGACUGGUGUGACAUGGAAGGUAGAAGGAGUCACUCAGCUGCAGAUCUUGUUAGAACACCCCAGAUGAGGAAAAGAGCUCUUAUCCUUUUCUAUGUCUGGUUUGUGAAUGUAUUGGUAUAUUAUGGACUGUCUCUAGGUGUAUCUAAACUGGGCUCAGACCUCUACCUGACUCAGUUCAUCUUUGGAUUGGUGGAGAUCCCUGCCAGGUCAUUGGUUCUCCUGUUCCUCCCUUGGAGCAGACGCCUAUCCCAGAGUGUCUUUCUGGCCCUGGGGGGCGUGGCCUGUCUGCUCACUCUAACUGUACCUACACAGGUGUGUGUGUGUGUGUGUGUGUGUGUGUGUGUGUGUGUGUGUGUGUGUGUGUGUGUGUGUGUGUGUGUGUGUGUGUGUGUGUGUGUGUGUGUGUGUGUGUGUGUGUGUGUGUGUGUGUGUGUGUGUGUGUGUGUGUGUGUGUGUAAGUGGAGACUCCUCAUAGGAGGAAGGUUAUCCUUUUUAGAUAAAACUAUUUUUUUCAGUUUCACUUAUUUAGCUAGUAAAUGCAGCGAGCUAGUUUAGCCUACCGAAGCACACUGCUCAAACAGAGGGAUGCUAUGUUAGCUAGCUGGCUAUGACUAUCCA